AGCAUCAUCAUGCCUGAGCCAGCAAAGCCCGCGCCCAAGAAGGGCUCAAAGAAAGCCGUCACCAAGAGCGCCGCCAAGAGUGGAAAGAAGCGCAGGAGGUCCAGGAAGGAGAGCUACGCCAUCUACGUGUACAAAGUCCUGAAGCAGGUUCAUCCCGACACCGGUAUUUCUUCAAAGGCGAUGGGCAUCAUGAACUCUUUCGUCAACGACAUCUUUGAGCGCAUCGCCGGUGAGUCUUCUCGUCUCGCUCACUACAACAAGCGCUCCACCAUCACCUCGAGAGAGAUCCAGACCGCCGUGCGUCUCCUGCUGCCCGGUGAACUCGCCAAACACGCCGUGUCUGAGGGAACAAAGGCCGUCACCAAAUACACGAGCUCCAAGUAAAGCCGAAAGUACCCAAUCUGAACCCAAAGGCUCUUUUAAGAGCCACCCACAGUUUCUAGAAAAGAGUCUCCUUUAUUACAUUGUGUGUCUGUAAAAUAGUUGUUGUAAAACUUGCUGGAGUUUGGGUGAAUUGGAAAGACUCCUUGCUUUUAUAAUCAAUUGAACAAUCUUAUUAAAACUGUGUGUUCAGGUGAAUCUGUGAAAGCAGGUAAAAUAUUUUUCUAUAUGAAUGUUUUCUAUGCGAUUCUUAAAUCUUUACAAGCAAUCCUUAUCCACAUCUUAAAAUUUGAUCGUUCACCCCCCCCCCCCUCCCAAAACUGCUCUCCUUUACUGUUGAUUCCAUUGUUCUUCAGUAGAACAAUAUAGCAGAGAUUCAGCAGAAACCCCAGUUUGGACAGCUCUUAGGUUGAUUUUAGUCUAGGACUAGUCUAAUCCAUGUCUGGGAAACAACCUUUUGAACGUCUAUCUAAACAGCAGUAGCAGCUAUUUCUGCAUCAAUGUCCAUUUGCUUGUCUCUGCGUCUGAAUUGUUCCUCCUUUAAGACUGCAGCCUUUCAGCCUCUGCUAGGGUUUUCACAAUUUUUGGCCAUUGUAGAGCCACUCUGUGUAAAGAACUGAACAGAGUACAAUGGAUUAUUGUGCGCUUUGGAUACUUCAGUGAAUGUAGACAUGUCUAAAAAACAGAAAACGCGUCCAAGAUACAAAGGCAUAUAGGGAAGGACUUGGACCACAAGAAAAGGCACGAUAUUUUGAGAAAUUACAAUUUAUAGGCUUCUUGUACUCCACCUAGUGUACAAAAUAAAAAUAACAACACAUACGACUCUG